AUGAGCUUCGAAAAUAAAGUUGUAUUAAUAACUGGCGCCAGUUCCGGCAUUGGCGCCGCCACUGCAGUCGAGUUCGCGAAGCAACGAGCCUCUGUUGCCAUUGUAGGCCGGAAUGCAGUCAAACUACAAGCUGUCAACGAAAACUGUCAGAAACAUGGAGUAACUCCACUCAUCAUUAACGCAGAUAUCUCUAAAGAAGAGGCGGCAGAUGAAAUAAUAAAAAAAACAAUAGAAAAAUAUGGACGACUCGACGUUUUAGUAAACAAUGCAGGUAUUGUGAACACUGGUGGGUUGCUUGACGGAGCAAUAAUGAAGUCGUACGACAAAAUCAUGAACACGAACCUUCGAGCUUUGGUCACUCUCACCAGUGCAGCGGUUCCGUACCUCAUAAAGAGUAAAGGAAAUAUAGUCAAUGUGUCAAGUACGCUGGGAACACAAGCGACUCCAUUGAUGAUGGCGUACUGCAUAUCAAAAGCAGGUUUGAAUCAUUUCUCAAAGACAGCAGCAUUGGAGCUUGCGGGUUCUGGAGUGAGAGUGAACGUAGUGAGCCCUGGUCCAGUGGUGACUGAUAUCUUGGAGAAUGCUGGCUUGCCUAAUACUUGGGACGAGUGGAGUAAGCUAGUUCCUCUCGGUAAAGUGGCUCAUUCUCCCGAAGUAGCUGAUGUGAUCUUGUUCUUAGCCAGUGACAGGGCUCACAGUAUCACCGGUGGUAAUCUUACUAUAGAUAAUGGAAGUGUAUUGAAAUCAUAA